CCGGACUGCGAACAGUCUGUCAGUAAACUUCGUGGCGUGCGUUGGCUGGCGCGCGUGCUAGCAGACCGUUUCCAUGCGUGUCACGACACGGAUACAACGCCAGCCGAUCUCUCGAAACGCUUAUUAAUAUUUAUAAGCAGCCAGUUAACUCUUCGAAGUGAAUUUUUUCCUGAGGUUCGUGAAGAUUGAGAUUCGCGCUGAAACAAAUGCCGAUAUCGGUCCAUCGUCGUAUUGUUUUCUUGUGUGUUUUACCCGUUUUUUAAAACAGUUGCGACAGUGUCGAAGCAUCGUCGCGCAUUGAACUCACUCGUUUAGAGACGCAUAUACGAAUGUAGUAGUAUUAUUGCAUAUUGUAUCGUUGAAAUUUUGGACGAGAAGAAAAAAAGAUGGUGCGUGGUCUGUCGCAGUGGACGAAAACCUUGAGCUUCCCCGCGAGGGUGUCCCCCCAGAGGCCUGCCAAGGAGUCGAAGGGGUUUCAUGUGAGCCCCAGUGCUAGCCCCACGUCGCCACCCAGCCCGAUCAACGACAACAUGGACAAGGCGCCGAUUAUUACCGAUGAGAAUUUCCAGGACCUGGAAGCUGAGAAGGCAAUAAUGGGCUCCAUUGUGUAUUGCAUACAUCAUAAGGAUGGCUGCAAGUGGUCCGACGAACUUCGAAAGUUGAAGGCUCACCUGAAUACCUGCAAGCACGACGCGGUCCCCUGCAGCAAUAAGUGUGGCGCGAUGAUCCCGCGUGUGCUGAUGGAGGACCAUUUAAAGUACACUUGCGCCCAGCGGCGAGCACGCUGCGACUUCUGUGCCAAAGAAUUCACCGGUCACACGCUCGAGAAACACACAGGGACGUGUGGCUAUGAACCACUCUACUGCGAGAACAAGUGUGGCAUGAAGGUGCAGCGAAGGCAUCUCAGUCAACACAAGUUGGGCGAGUGCGCGAAAAGACUGGUGGCCUGUCGUUACUGCAACAAAGAGUUCGUUUUUGACACACUCGGUGCUCAUCAUGCCAAGUGUGGCCGCUUUCCAGUCGCUUGUCCACACCGUUGUGAAACUGCCGUCUUACCAAGAGAAGAUCUCGAAGUUCACUUGAAAGAUCACUGCACUACACACCUCUUAUCUUGUACUUUCAAGGAUGCUGGCUGUCGUUUUAAGGGAAAUCGAUUUUCGUUGGACAAACAUUUGGAGGAAUCAGCAAAGAUGCAUUUAAGCUUGAUGUGCAGUGUAGUAACAAAACAACAGCAUCAGAUAACCAGCCUGAAAUCCGCCAUUAGCAAACUAUCGUUAAAUUACACGGGCACACUAAUAUGGAAAAUUACGGAUUACAGCGCUAAAAUGUCCGAGGCGAAAGCCAAGGAAGGAAUGGAACUCGUCAGUCCUCCUUUUUACACUAGUCAAUAUGGUUACAAGCUACAGGCGUCAGUUUUCUUAAACGGAAAUGGAACCGGCGAAGGAAGUCAUAUUUCAAUAUACAUAAAGAUUCUUCCCGGAGAGUAUGAUGCUCUGUUGCGGUGGCCAUUCUCCCACAGCGUGUCCUUCACCAUAUUCGACCAGACGGUGGUCGCGGAAAAGGCGUGCAAUAUCGUAGAAAGCUUUAUACCGGAUCCAACAUGGAAGAAUUUCCAGAGGCCCAGUCGUGAGCCCGAUUCUCUCGGUUUUGGCUUCCCAAGAUUUCUCUCUCACGAAAUGGUGAAGAAACGGCAUUUUGUCAAAGAUAAUACUAUGUUCAUCCGAGUAAAGGUCGAUCCUAGCAAAAUAGUUGCUGUCUGAAAAGAUAACAUCGACCCGUAUUUUUAUUAAAUACGUUGUAUCAUACUAACUCAAUUACUAUCGUUCCACGUAACACAUUUAAUAUUGUUACGCCGCACACACAUGUUUCUUGACAUGGUUUAUACGUAUUUUUUACUUUUACACGUAUCGUCAGUCCAGUAAACGAUUAAUGAUACUUGAUAUUUAUUAAUUGUGUACUUGGUGUGAUAGUUCGAAGUACUUUACAUAUGAAGCGCAUGGUACUUAUGUCGUUACACUGAAAGUAAACUAAUGUAGAAUUGAUUAAAACAAAAUAGAAAGCAAUAGCGACUUACAAAACAAAACGACUGCUGUGCGAAACAUUUGGAGGAUCUAAAUUCGGAGAAUUAUUUGAAUUUUUAUUACGAACAGAGUUUUGGUUUUGGCACAUUGAUAUUUACGUUAACUACCCUCUAUACAUAAUUUUGAAGAUUUUAGGAUAUAUUAAUAACAUGACAGGCGAUCCUCUAGUUAUCUGAAGCGAUAUGUCUCUCAAUUGAACGAGAGCUGAUUGAACAUGUGUACAUAUAUCGAACACCGAAAUUUUGUAAGUUCUCACUUGUAGCGUCAGACCCAUCCUAUGACUGCAGUUCCCAAUUAUUCCCAUCUUUUAUUUUGUAACAUACGUUUCCACAUUUUCUACACUGGAUGAUUCGAUUUACAAACUUAACACGAGAUUGGAGGUUGCAAUUUUGACUGAAAUUUGAGUAGAUCAAAUUUUUCAGCACAUUAAGUUAAACCGGUCAACGUUAAGUUUGUUAAAACGAUAUCUACCUUGACAAUUCAAAUCAAAGAUUAUUAAAGGACUGUGUAUUAUAAGCUUAAGAGAUGUAAAUAUUGUGAAAAAAAGAAAUAGCGCCGAACGAGAUGCGAGUUAAUUAGUCGAGGCGACAGAUCUACCGAUGUAAAUAUAAGUUUACUUUAUAUUAGUGAUAAUGAGAAAUUGUGAUUGAGAUGCUAGUGACUGUAUGUAAUGAUCUAAGAAUAAGAAAUAAUAAAACUAUUAUAUCGCAUUC